UUCCAUAGAGUCCGGCUCCACUCGUCCCACCCCAAACCCUCGCCUCCGCCGCUCCAUGCCGCCGCCGAUGGACGAGCCCGUCGAGGAUGGCUUCCUCCGCCUCUCGGACGAUCUCGUCGAGGAGGUCUUCUUCCGCCUCCCCCCGGACGAGCCCGCCUGCCUCGUGCGCGCCUCCGCCGUCCGCAAGCACUGGCGCCGGAUCCUCGCCGACGCGGGAUUCCGCCGCCGCUACCGCGAGUUCCACGGAGCACCUCCCGUCCUGGGGCUCUUCCAAGAGGACACCAGAUUCUUCGCCACCACUGCCCACCUCCCUGCCCGGCCGGACCGUCCCCGCCGCUAUACUGCCAUGAUGGCCGUGGACUGCCGCCACGGCCGUGCCCUAAUCACCCCCUUUAACCGCUACUUCGGGGAUUUCGGGGAGGGGGAGAGCUUCGACCUCACCGUGUUUGACCCUCUGACGGGCCACCAGCACCGCGUGCCCUCCCCGGACAACAACGUGCUCUGGUUCAGCGCGGCGGUGCUCUGCGCCGCACAAGGCUGCGACCACCUUGGUUGCCAGGGAGGGCAUUUCCGUGUGGCCUUCGUGACCACUGAUCAGCAGAAGAGCAUCACGUCGGGCUGGCUCUACUCAUCCCAGACCCGCAUGUGGAGCACGCUCAGCUCUGCUCAUCACCCCAAUGUCACCAAGUAUACAUUUAACCGCUAUGUGCCUAGCGUCCUUCUGGGCGAUGCAAUCUACUUCAACAUCGACGGCGUCAUCAAGUGCGACCUAGGUACGCUAAGCUUGUCAAUGUUCGAGAGGCCCACCGAUGUCAAAGGGGGGCGUCUCAUGAUAGCGCAAGACGGCGGGCUGGGUUUCGCUGCGUUGGUGGAUGUCACUGAUCUAACCCUGUGGUCGAUGGAGACCGGACCCGAGGGGGCCAUGGGAUGGGCAAAACUCAGGGUAAUUGACCUUCACACGCUCCUCCCUCAUGGUGCCCUCUCGAUUCCAACCGCUGAUUGUGUGAUUAGUGGCAUCGCGGAGGGCAGCCAAGUCAUUUUCAUAAGUACCUUCGCUUGUUACAUGGUUGAUCUCAAGUCAAGGCGAGUCAGGAAGGUGUCUUCUCCUACCAGAAAGUUAUUUCCCUACAUGAGGUUCUACAUGCCAGCUAUGGAAGCAGCUUCAACGGGCAAAGGGCAGUGAGCUGGUGUUUCAAGUGUUUGUCAAGCACAAGCUGAUGGAACAUGGGCUUUUGGAUCAAGGGUGGAGGUGGUGUAGGGACGACACUAGACAAAGGGCAAGUUGGUUUUUUGAACUUUGUUUAGAAAGUUGCUGCUUCUGUCCUUGGAAUGUGUAAAGAUAUUUUCAGUCAUUCCGUGUUAUGCCCGCUAUGGAAGAAAGGGACCUGAAUAUGAUGUACUGUAGAAUUCAGUCAAAUCAUCUUUUCUAUUGUUCAAAUCA